AUGCUCCCAUCCCCUGAAGCCCUUGAUAAUGUUGUUACUGAGAAUGUUGUUGAGGAAGCUGUUGGAGGUAUGGCUGGGAGGAUACAGGAGACAGCUACUAAUGUGCAGGAAGGGGUGCCCAAAGGGAGGGGAGAAUUGCCUCAUGUUGUACAUGAGGUUGUCGUUGAUCUUAGUAGUGACUAUAGAGGCCUUAAUACCCCUAUUUCAAUUCACAAAACUACUGGGCAGCAAGGUGACAUUGAUACUGGUCAACAGAAAGACAAGUUCAAUAAUAAAUCAGAAGGUAGGUUGAGUAAAAAAAGAAGAGAUACUAUAAAAAAAAGACAGAAUUCUGAUCAGGUUUCAGAUAAUGGACCACACACAGAGGAUCAGGAUGUCAACAAGGGUAGACAUUAUAGGCCACCUCAAGAUGAUUAUGGGGCUUUGAAUUCUGAAGAUGAAUUGGAUUCUGAUAAUCAGUCCAUUGAUGAAUCUGAUGAAGAAGAGGAAGACAACAACAAUCAGCCUCCUCAUACCUUCGGUUCCACCUUUAAGGAUAAAUGGCCUGAAGAAGUUCAUGAACUUACAGCAAAACAAGGUCUAUCCCCAAGAGGUAGGGAACAAAGUAGACAAACCAAGCAACAAACUAUCAGUACAUCUGCAAACUCUGGCAGGCCCAUCACAAGGAGUAUCAACACUCAAGGUUCUUUGGAAAGGAUUCAAAAACUCAAGAAACUGCAUCACUUAACUCUGAUUGCUGUUCUCGAACCAUUUACAGACAAUUCUCAAAUCAACAUGCUGAGAAUUCAACUUCAAAUGGACCAUGCAUUCAUGAUAUCCUUUAUUUAUGCUAAAUGUAAGGAUCAUUUGAGGAGACCUUUGUGGGAUAGGUUAUUAUUUUAUGCUAAUCUUGAUACACCUUGGUGUACAAUUGGAGACUUCAAUGUUAUCACAUCUAUAGAGGAAAAGCUUGGGGGAAUGCCUUACAACAUGAAUAAGAGCUUUGAGUUUAUUAGUGUGCUAGAACCAUGUGGUUUAACUGAUUUAGGAUAUACAGGGUUUCCAUUAACAUGGUGUAAUCAAAGAGAUGCACAAGCUAGAGUAUGGAAGAGAUUAGAUAGGUCCAUGGUUAAUGAUAAAUGGUUAGAGGUUAUGCCUCAAACUACUAUUGAUCAUUUAUCCUCUGUUGGCUCUGAUCACAGUCCUCUGCUACUGGAACUGACUAAGACAAAUGAGAGUCAUACAAAAUACUUCAAAUUUUUAAAUUUCUGGGUUGAAAAUGCCACCUUUAUGAAAACAGUCCAACAGUGUUGGGAAAAGGGAGUUACUGGUAACCCAAUGUGGAGACUGCAUCAGAAAAUGAAGAGAUUAACAUCCACCCUUAGCAAUUGGUCUAAACAAGAAUAUGGAGAUAUCUUUAUUAAGGAAGGUGAUGGCAAUACAAAGUACUUUCAUGCUUUGAUGAGAGGUAGAAGAAGGAGGUUAGAGGAAUGGAUACAAGGUGAGGAGCAAAUAGCUCAGGCAACUUGUAAUUAUUAUCAACACAUAUUUACUGGAUAUAAUGACAGAAUUGAUGAAAGAAUCCUUUGGCAUAUUCCUACAGUGGUUACUCCUGAUCAGAAUGAUAUGCUGCAAGCAAUGCCUACUUUAGAAGAACUCCGACAGGUUGUGUUUGCCAUGAAUCCCAAUUCAACAGCAGGUCCAGAUGGUAUAGGGGGCAAAUUUUUUCAAGCUUGUUGGAAUAUCAUUAAGGAAGAUUUAUUGACAGCUGUACAGUCCUUCUUUUGUGGUCACAUUAUGCCUAAGUUCAUGUCUCAUGCAUGUUUAGUUUUGCUUCCCAAAACUGAACAGCCUACCACAUUUACAAACCUUAGACCGAUUAGUCUUAGUAAUUUUACUAAUAAGAUAAUCUCCAAAUUAUUAAGCAUGAGAUUGGCUACUGUUUUACCUCUUUUAUUAUCAGCUAAUCAGUCUGGGUUUGUCAGAGGUAGAAGUAUUUCAGAAAGUAUUAUGCUUGCGCAAGAAAUUACUCAUCGCACUAAGAAAACUCAUAUAGGAACUAAUAUGGUCAUCAAACUAGAUAUGACCAAGGCAUAUGAUAGAGUGUCUUGGCCUUUUACAUGUUUGGUUCCAAGGAGAUUUGGUUUUGGGGAGGUUUUUAUUGACCUGUUAGUGGAGAAAGUCUCCAAAAAGGUUUGUGGAUGGCAAGCAAGAAUUCUUAGUUUUGCGGGUAGAAUUACACUGAUCAAACAUGCUCUGCAAUCUAUACCUAUACAUACUAUGGCUGCAAUCUCUCCUCCAAGAACUACUAUUAAAUACAUUGAGGCCAUUAUUGCAGACUUCUUCUGGGGGAGGGAGCUGGAUAAAAGGAAGUAUCAUUGGGCUUCCCUGGACACUAUGAGCUUAACUUGUACAGAAGGAGGGAUAGGGAUAAGAAAACUCACAGAUAUUUGCACAUCUUUACAAUACAAACAAUGGUGGACUUUCAGGUCUAAGGAUUCUUUGUGGAGUCAAUUUCUUAAAGCCAAAUAUUGUCAAAGAACUCAUCCAGUCGCAGAAAAGGUGGAUACUGGACAAUCCUUGAUGUGGAAAUAUAUGACGAGGAACAAGAUUAUAGUAGAAGAUUAUAUCGGCUGGAAAAUCAAUUCUGGAAGUUGCUCAUUUUGGUGGGAUGACUGGCUAGGAAGGGGUGCUCUAGAUAACUGUACUACUUCUGUAUCAAGUCUCAAUAAUGCUACUAUUGCACACUUUUUAGUAAAUGGCAAAUGGAAUGAAAGGAAGUUGAGGCAGCAGGGAGUUAAAGACACUGCAGUUUGGAAACAUACUGAAUCUGGAAAUUUCUCCUGCACAUCAGCCUGGGAAAUUUGCAGAAAAAAGAGGACAUUGCAGUCAUUAAUUCUCAAAUUUUGGCCUAAACAUGUUCCUUUCAAAAUGUCAUUCUUACUAUGGAGAGCAAUAAGACAUAAAUUGCCAACCAAUGAAAAAUUAACUUCUUUCGGGAUGGAACCUGAGAAAUGUUACUACUGCAUUCAGCAGGGUUGGGAUGAAGUGAAUCACAUUUUUAUUCAAGGCCAUUUUGCAGCCCAUAUCUGGAAGUUUUUUGCAGGUAGCAUGGGUAUCAAUUUUCAGAAGACCUCACUGAGUAACUACCUACUGUGUUGGAGUGCUAUUACAGUGAAGAAUGAAGCACACAUGACAUUCAUACAGUCUCUUCCUAUACUUGUGAUAUGGCCAGCAGUCAUAGAUUGUAUUGAAAAAUGUAAACAGGAGAUAGGAGUUACUCCAGUUAUGUGGAAGCGUCCUCCUCCUAAUAGAUAUAAGCUGAACACGGAUGGUAGUGCAUUGCAUAACCCGGGGAAAAUUUGA